AUGCCUCUGCCCGCGUCAGUCCGAUAUGCUCGUCUUGAAGAUGUUUCCCUUCUUUUACAAUUUAUCCAGUCUGCAGCAGAAGAGCAAGCUCCCGGGACUAAGAUAGCCGCAACCGAAGAUAGUCUCGCCAAGACGCUGCACUUUGGGCCGCCUUCAGAUCCAUUGACACAAACAACAGGCCGAUUUGCAUGGGCGCUGCUCAUCUUUUCUCCGGACCAGCAACCUGCUGGGUUGCUGAUUUAUUUCUAUAACUAUUCGACCUGGACGGCUGCUCCCGGUGUGUGUCUGGAAGAGCUAUAUGUUGUGCCUGAAUAUCGGCGCCAUGGAUAUGCGCAGAUACUAAUUGAAACAAUGGCAUCUGCGGCGGAAGCAGCAGGAUGUGUAAAAAUGGACUGGGUUUGCCUUUUGAACAAUGAGAAAGCACUGAGAUUCUAUGAGAAACUUGGGGCAAAGCGAAUGAAUGACUGGACUGUUCUAAAAGUUGAUAAAACCUGUAUACAAGAGCUAGCCGCUAGAGCGAAGCAAUCUGGCGCAUGUCCUGAGCUUCACCGUGCAGACAUCUGA